UCUUUCCAAGCAACUGAAAAAAGCCUCUUGAAAGAAAAAUUUGAACUACCAACACAAAAGCAACAAGCAAUCCCAUCCGAAAAGGCACCUAAGCUCCCAAUUCCUCUUCAGUCACGUUGAAGCUAACCAUUCCUGCGUUUUAAAUUCUUCCUCCUAAUAACAACCCAACCUGCCAUGGGAAAACACCGUUUUGGCUAUGCCUUAAGCCUCUCCAUCGUUGUCUCACUAGCACUCAUUGCCUUUGUCUCGUGUGUAGCUGCAGAAUUGCACAGAACAAAGACGAAAGACCUCAAGUUGGAUGGGAAGUUGUGCUAUUUGCCUGAAAGUCAAGCAUUUGGAUAUGGGGUUGCAGCUUUGGCCUGUUUGGUUAUGGCUCAAGUUAUUGGGAAUAUUUUACUUUGCACGAGUUGCAGUAUCAAUUCAAGAGAGAAGAAGAGAAGUGAACAACCUCCUAAAAGACCAAAUUUAGCCACAUUUUUUCUUGUUGUUUCAUGGGCAAGCUUUACCGUGGUGAUAUUGCUACUGAGCACGGCGUCGAGUAUGAGCAGACAGCAGCCGUACGCGACGGGAUGGUUGGGCGGAGAGUGCUACUUGGUGAAAAGCGGUGUAUACGUCGCCGCAGCAAUUCUAAUCCUCAUCUCGAUAUGCUCAACUGUAGGCUCCGCCGUAACAGUUCGAAUCAACGAAUCCAGAAAAUCUACCACACUUCCAAAAUGAAAAGGAAUAAAAAGCUGAAAGAGUAGAGAAAAAUAAAGGCGUCGCAACGGCAAUGGCAGGGGCAACGGCGGCGAUCGGUAGCCUGCAGCAGAAAGGUCCGGGUUGGUAUGUUCCUGCGAUGGUGCCUCGCUGGAAGGGCUCUUGCCCGAGUUCACAUUUUUUAUUCGGUGAAAAUAACACUUCAAAAUUACUUUGGUGUCCCCAAAAUUUAAGAAAAUUAACCCUUUUAGGUAGAAAAUAAAUUUGAAAACUAGUUUUUCAAUUAAGGUUGCUUUUCAUGGUACGUUUUUUAUUCUAAUUUAAUUUUUUUUAAGUAUAAAUCGAGGUUUUGAUAUUUGAACCUUAACUUUUCCAUCCUUUAAUACAUAUGUAUAGAUGAGUUAAUGAAUAUUUUUAUAGGAAGAAAUUUUAAUUUUCUUUUC